ACUCCUAUGGUAGCAGCUCGCUGCUGUUCCGCCUCACAGACGGACGGACCGACGGUGUGUCUCUCUCUCUCUCUCUCUCUGUGCGCGUGCGCGUGCGCCCACCCCAUCCAGUCCUCUCCUCUCCUGUCUGUCCAGAUUGUGUGUCGAGGUGGAGGUAUGUAGCACCGGAUUGAGCAGCAUGUAGCAGCACCUGGAGCUCCAUCAUCACCUCCUCCUCUUCCUCCUCCAGGAGAGAAAACGCGUCGCCCUGCAGCACCGAGGAGGAUUCUGAGCAUUCUCUGGAUAUCUAUUCUCUGGAUAUAUUGUUGGGUUCUAUGUUAUAUUUAUAUGUAUCAGUAGAGGAGUGUUAGUGUGAGUCGGUCCAUGGUCGUUGAGGAAUCUUCCAUCUUGAGAGCAUCAUGGCGAGCGACUCUCCAGCGCGGAGUCUGGACGAGAUAGACCUGUCUGCACUACGGGACCCAGCUGGUAUCUUUGAGCUGGUUGAACUGGUUGGAAAUGGCACCUAUGGGCAGGUCUACAAGGGUCGCCAUGUCAAAACAGGUCAGCUUGCUGCCAUCAAGGUCAUGGACGUCACAGGAGAUGAGGAGGAGGAGAUUAAAGCAGAGAUCAACAUGUUAAAGAAGUACAGCCACCACAGGAACAUCGCAACCUACUAUGGAGCCUUCGUCAAGAAGAACCCUCCUGGGAUGGACGACCAGCUCUGGCUGGUGAUGGAGUUCUGCGGGGCCGGCUCGAUUACGGACCUGAUCAAAAAUACCAAAGGGAACACUCUGAAGGAGGAGUGGAUCGCCUACGUCUGCAGAGAGAUCCUCAGGGGUCUGACCCACCUCCACCAGCACAAGGUCAUCCACAGAGAUAUCAAGGGCCAGAAUGUGUUGCUGACGGAGAACGCGGAGGUUAAACUAGUGGACUUUGGCGUGAGCGCUCAGCUGGAUCGUACGGUGGGACGGAGGAACACGUUUAUCGGGACGCCGUACUGGAUGGCCCCAGAGGUCAUCGCCUGCGACGAGAACCCCGACGCCACAUAUGACUUCAAGAGUGAUCUGUGGUCGCUCGGUAUCACAGCUAUAGAGAUGGCAGAGGGAGCACCACCUCUGUGCGACAUGCAUCCAAUGAGAGCGCUCUUCCUCAUCCCCAGAAAUCCUGCCCCCAGACUCAAGUCUAAGAAGUGGUCAAAGAAGUUCCAGUCGUUCAUCGACAGCUGUCUGGUGAAGAGCCACAGUCAGCGGCCGAGCACCGAGCAGCUCCUCAAGCACCCGUUCAUCAGGGACCUCCCCAACGAGAGGCAGGUCCGCAUCCAGCUCAAGGACCACAUCGACCGCACCAAGAAGAGGAGGGGGGAGAGGGAUGAGACAGAAUACGAGUACAGUGGGAGUGAAGAGGAGGAUGAAGAGAGGGACGUCGGAGAGCCCAGUUCCAUCAUCAACAUCCCCGGCGAGUCCACCCUGAGGCGGGACUUCCUGCGCCUCCAGCUGGCCAAUAAGGAGCGGUCGGAGCUGAUCCGGCGUCAGCAGCUGGAGCAGCAGCAGAACGAGGAGCACAAGCGCCAACUACUGGCCGAGAGACAGAAACGCAUCGAGGAGCAGAAAGAGCAGCGGCGACGGCUGGAGGAGCAACAGCGGCGGGAGCGAGAGAUGAGGAAGCAGCAGGAGCGAGAGCAGAGGAGGAGGUACGAAGAGAUGGAGCAGCUCCGCCGAGAGGAGGAGAGGAGGCACGCAGAGAGAGAGCAGGUAGGACCACACCUGACCAGCGUUACAUCACAGGAGUAUAUCCGUAGGCAGCUGGAGGAGGAACAGAGGCAGCUGGAGAUCCUGCAGCAGCAGCUCCUGCAGGAGCAGGCCUUACUGCUGGAGUACAAGAGGAAGCAGAUCGAGGAGCAGCGGCAGGCCGAGCGGCUGCAGAGGCAGCUGCAGCAGGAGCGAGCGUACCUGGUGUCGCUGCAGCAGCAGCAGCAGCAGGACCCGACGCGGCCGCCGCAGGACAAGAAGCAGCUGUACCACUACAAAGACCAGGCGCCCGGCACCAACGACAAGCCGGCCUGGGCCAAAGAGGUGAUGCGUCGAGCUCAGAGCAACUCGCCUCGUAUCCCUCCCAAGAAAUACCACUCCUUCAGGGAGACGCGAGACAUCAACCUCAGCAACCUGCUCAUGCUCCCCGGUUACAAACCUCGCCGCCGCCGCCGCCCCCCUUCCUACCCCGCCCAUGACAGUCCUUCUAGGGAUCGCCUCCACGUGCCUCGAAUCCGUGUCACCUGUGUCCCUGAGAAUCAUCCAGCGGCGCGCCAGCAGAACCACAGCAACAGCCCCGGCAACAGCCCCGGCAAGAGCCCCGGCAAGAGCCCCGGCAGGAGCCCCGGCAGGAGCCCCGGCAGGAGCUCCGGGAAGAGCCCUGGCAGGAGCUCUGGGAGGAGCUCCGGGAAGAGCCCCGACUCCAGGGGCCGCAGCCCCGGCCGCCGGGUGGAGGAGCAUUAUAAGCUGAACAGACAGACUUCUCCUGCGUUGCAGCACAAAGUCUCCAACCGGAUCUCGGACCCGUCGCUGCCACCCCGCUCCGAGUCCUUCAGCAGCGGAGGCAUCCAGCAGGCGCGGACCCCGCCGAUGCACCGCUCCGUCGAACCACAGAUGGCCCACCUGGUGCAGGUGAAGAGUCACGGUCUGUCAGGCUCCCAGUCUCUGUACGACCCCCACGGCGUGUCCUCCUCCUCCUCGGCGUCGCCCUCCCCCUCCCGGCCUCCCAUGCCCCGGCAGAACUCCGACCCCACCUCCGACACCCCUCCUCCCUUGCCCCUCUCCCGCCUGGCGCCCCCCCUCGACAAGCUGGACCGCAGCUCCUGGCUGCGGCAGGACGACGACAUGCCCCCGAAGGUUCCUCAGAGGACGACCUCCAUCUCUCCUGCUCUGGUGAGGAAGCACUCUCCUGGAAACGGACCGGGUCUGGGACCGCGGGCCGGAGCUCCCCAAAUACGGGCCAGCAACCCCGACCUGCGGAGGCCCGACGUUUCCAUGGAUACGCCCCUGAAGAGGACGAGCAGCGGCAGCUCCUCCAGCUCCAGCACCCCGAGCUCCCAGGGAGGCUCCAACGAACGAGGUAAUUCAGCCGCUCAGACUGAAGGCUUGACACCUUCUUCCCACGAGACCAAAGAUGACGGCAGAGAGGUGACGCGACCCAGCAGGCCGGCAAGCUAUAAGAAAGCUGUAGACGAGGACCUGACGGCUCUGGCCAAAGAGCUGCGAGAGCUGCGACAGGGGGAGGAAGCCAGCCGCCCGCCCGUCAAAGUGACGGACUACUCGUCGUCCAGCGACGACUCUCACAGCAGCGAUGACGAGGAGGGAGAGGGCGGGCCUAACGACGGGACGGUGGCCGUCAGUGAUAUACCACGCAUCAUGCCAGCAGCGAGUCAAGGUCCCAACGAGUCCUUUGGCAUGAUGGGAGGUCUCAACGACGCCCACGACGACUCGUACGGAAACAGCUCCCAGGACGGCACCCUGAGGAUGCGUGAGAAACAUGGGGGACGGAGGCGGAGCUCUGCCGCCAGCAACGGUUUCCCCGGCAACGCUAAUCUGUUCCCCGGCAACGCCAAUCUCCCCGAUUUGGUGCAGCAAAGCACAUCCCCUCUGGUAUCCCCUGGCGACGCCUCUGGGGCCCAAUACGCGAUGGGAAGCAGCGGAGGCUCCAAGUCUUCCUUCACACCGUUCGUAGAUCCGAGGGUGUACGGGACCUCCCCGACUGACGACGACGACAACAUCUCUGCCUCAGCGCUGUUUGAGAACGAGCUGCUGAAGCAAGAGAACGAGCAGGAGCAAGCGAGGAUCAACGAGGCCCGGAAGAUCUCGGUGGUCAACGUCAACCCGACCAACAUCAGGCCGCACAGCGACACGCCCGAGAUCCGCAAAUACAAGAAACGCUUCAACUCCGAGAUCCUCUGCGCGGCUCUCUGGGGAGUGAACCUGCUGGUGGGGACGGAGAACGGCCUGAUGUUGCUUGAUCGAAGCGGUCAAGGAAAAGUUUACAACCUGAUCAAUCGACGGCGCUUCCAACAGAUGGACGUCCUGGAGGGACUCAACGUCCUGGUCACCAUCUCAGGGAAGAAGAACAAGCUGCGUGUUUACUACCUGUCCUGGCUGAGGAACAGGAUAUUACACAACGACCCUGAAGUGGAGAAGAAGCAGGGCUGGAUCACUGUUGGGGAGCUGGAGGGCUGCGUGCACUACAAAGUCGUGAAGUACGAGAGGAUCAAAUUUUUGGUGAUUGCUCUGAAGAACGCGGUGGAGAUCUACGCCUGGGCGCCUAAACCUUACCACAAGUUUAUGGCCUUCAAGUCGUUCACUGAACUGCAGCAUCGCCCGCAGCUGGUCGACCUGACCGUGGAGGAGGGACAGAGGUUAAAGGUCAUCUACGGCUCCAGCGUUGGCUUCCAUGUCAUCGACGUGGACUCUGGGAAUCCCUACGACAUCUACAUCCCCUCACAUAUUCAGGGUCAGGUGACCCCGCACGCCAUUGUGGUUCUGCCCAAGACGGACGGCAUGGAGAUGCUGCUGUGCUACGAGGACGAGGGCGUCUACGUCAACACCUACGGACGCAUCACCAAAGACGUGGUGCUGCAGUGGGGCGAGAUGCCCACCUCCGUCGCCUACAUCCACUCCAACCAGAUCAUGGGCUGGGGAGAGAAGGCCAUUGAGAUCCGCUCCGUGGAGACGGGACACCUCGACGGAGUUUUCAUGCACAAGCGAGCUCAGCGACUGAAGUUCCUGUCGGAGAGGAACGACAAGGUUUUCUUCGCCUCGGUGCGUUCCGGAGGCAGCAGUCAAGUCUUCUUCAUGACCCUCAACAGAAGCUCCAUGAUGAACUGGUAACCUUUCUCCUCCUUCGACCCACAACAACCCUCCUCUUCUUCACUCUGAACAUCGGCCGACGUCAGGAGAGAGGGAUGACAGGAGGACUGUGUGUGUGUGUGUGUGUGUGUGUGUACAAUGUAUGUGUGUGUUUGUGGAGGAAAUCAACGAGCUGCUGAACGGACGAUUGAACAACUGGAGGAAGAGUUGAACCACAGGCGUAUCCCCCCCAACGUAUAGACCCCCUCCAGCUAUAGGGGGCACUAUCUAUGGACGGCUUCACAGCCCGCUGGGCAAAAGGUGACUCCUCACACUGACAAUGGCCGACGCCUUCGCCUUCCCUGUGGACCGCUCCAUCGGGCUGGUGGUUGUUUUCUCGAGGGUUUUGAUCCAGACUCUAAAGGUCACUGACAUCACGCCGAGUAGCCUUUGACUUCCCCAUUUUGAUUGGAUGGGGAGCUGUGGAGAAGUCCUCUGUGUAGCACAUUAAUGAUUCCUUACAGGGUGUUCACACUGCGAGUACGACUCGUCGCUCGACUCUUCGGCUUCGUCGGUGCUGAAUCCAGAAUCAGACGUCUCUUACUGCGCUCUGUUAUAGUGAGGAAACAUUACCGGUUGUUGAGGUAGCAUCACUAGAAGAAGAAAACGUUGACCAAAACAGUGGAUUCAGCAUUAUAAAAGUCACUCUGGGCUGAACCAAAAUCACUUUACAGGCGACUCAGCUCAUCCACACUAAGGCGUUGCGGCCAAAAUGCCAUUCAUUUGAAUGUGGGUGGUGUGCAUGGGCCACAUAUCUUGAGGUCGGAGGUCAAGUUUGGAGCUUUAUUUAACCUCCUUUUCAACAGGCCGAUGGAUUUCACUCUAGCUUUAAAAGUGAGCACGCUACAACCUCAAAACUGCAAGUUGCGUUAAUGCGUUAAAGAAAUUAGUGGUGUUAAAACGAACACGUUAUUAUCACGUUAACGUUAACAGCCCUAAUGUAACAUGUAAAAAGUCCUGUUAGCAGGUUAUUUGGCCAAGUCCACCGCUCAUGGAUGUACUUAUACCACGUUGCACGACAUGUCGCCUCAUUAGUGACGCCUCACAAAAGAGAUAACAGUGCACACAAUCUUCAGCCUGGCCGGAGUUGUACAAAAGCUGUUUUCAGUGACCUAAAACGCCGUUUGGGUGUGGAUGAAAGACCAAAUAGUAAAAGCUGCGUUUACAAAAAUACCCGUGUACGUGUGGACGAGGCCUAAGAAUUGGGCCCCGUCUACACGCACACGGAUACACUGGGCUUUAAUUGGACUCAUUUUGCACCUUAUAAGAGAUUUAAUUCAUGCAUUUAAUUGUGAACAGAGACCUUAACAAAAGCAACCGUAACCACUCUGAGGCCGCUGACCAAAUGUUCAUAUUAUAUAUAUGAUGGCCUCUUGUUGUUGUUGUUAUCAUCUAAACCACUUCUCAUAGUGAUGACUGAAUCCCAACGGAUGUUUUCUAGACUUAACAUCUUGUAGCAAAACCUUAAGGGUGUCUUCUUAGCUCUGUCCGAUCAGAAUCCGUUGAAGCGUUGUUUCCCUGAUCGUUACUUUCCAUGAUGACGGUGUUGCUCACAGUGUGAACACUCGCUCUGAGUGCUGCUGCUGAAACACCUUCCCCCUUUCGGAGAGAAAAAUACAUAACAGCAGCGAGUGUCACGGGGGGAAAUGAGACAUUUUAUAUUUCAUCGUUGAGGACGCUGCACGGCUACUUCGUCCCGGUGUGUUUCUGGUUUGGGGAAGGAAGGUUGUAGAUAUUGUAUUAUUGCUGCAACAGCAACAACAAUAACUUCACAUCGUUUCUCACAAGGAGAACUUGACGUAGAGUAGUUUCUGCCCUUUGUUCUCUCCACCUUUUUCUGUCCCUGCUGUUCUGUGUACACUGCACCUGUGUAAAUACUCACUUUGAUGUUAAGGGCAGAUUUUCGCAAAAAGCAGGUGAGAACACUGAAGAAAAAAAAAAA